AUAAAUAAAUAUAAAACCCCAAAGUGGCUAAAGAGCUAAAACCAACGAUUCGCCCCCUUACUCUCUGCAGAAUUAAAAGAUGAGCCGGGCUUCCAAUCUCUUCCAACUAUGCCAGAUUCCUUCCACCAAUCUGCUUCUCAGAAGCUCCAAGUUCCCCAGAGCUACGAAUAAACUGCCUCGGAACACAGGUAUGAAUGUCAUACCUGUUUGGAAACUUUAUCCAACUCUCUGCUUCUGUAAAACCGUGCAAACUACCACGUAUGAAGUUGUCAAUGGAAGCUAUGUACCCUCUACACAAACUAAGCAAGAAAAGGAAAUGAAGGACAAGUCAUCAGCAAAACUUGAUACAGUUGGUGCAUUUCAAAAGCUGCCCAUGGUGAUGCCAUCUGUUGAUAUUCUUCAUUCAGCACUGAGGAAGGCAAAAAGGGUUUUACCAACAAAGGGGAUUGCCAAUAUUGCAAAGCGAGAGAGAAAUAGAGGUGCAAAACAACUUGAUGCACUGAUGAAAGAACUGGUUGUUCCCUUGAGGACAUAUCUGGAGAGUUUUCCAAAGAAGAAAUAUCUUCACCCUUAUGAACGAUCUCUUAUUGAAUUAACACUUGGUGAUGGGAAUUAUGAAGAGGUAUUGGGAAAUGUUGAUGCUCUGAGAAAGAAGGUGGUAUCUGUCGGAAAGGAACAUGCUUCUUUCUGUGCCAAGUCCUUAACGAAGCGUGAAGCUGAGGAAAGACUAACUGAGGGUGUGAAGAAAAUUGAAGAGGUGUUCAACCAUGAAGCUCAAGUUGUUGAUGAUUUGUUACAUAUUGCCAAGACUUUACGGGCAAUGCCAGUUGUUGAUUUGGAAACACCAACUCUCUGUCUUGUUGGAGCUCCUAAUGUGGGCAAGUCAUCUUUGGUCCGCACACUCUCUACAGGGAAGCCAGAGGUUUGCAACUAUCCUUUUACAACAAGAGGAAUACUAAUGGGUCAUAUAAUUCUGAACUACCAGACUUUUCAGGUGACAGACACUCCUGGCUUACUGAAGAGAUCUGAUGAGGACAGGAAUAAUUUGGAAAAGUUGACACUUGCUGUCCUAUCACAUUUGCCUACCGCAAUAUUAUAUGUUCAUGACCUCUCUGGAGAGUGUGGGACCUCACCUUCUGAUCAGUUUCUCAUAUACAAAGAUAUAAAGGAAAGGUUCAGUGACCAUCUGUGGCUCGAUGUUGUGUCCAAAUGUGAUUUGUUGCAAAAGUCUCCUGUGGUCUUCAUCACAGAGGAUAGUCCUGAUCAUGAAGAGCUGGCAAGGUACCGGAAAAUGGGACCUAAUGGAGCUAUGCAUGUAUCUGUAAAGAGCGAAGCAGGGCUUGCUGAGAUUUGCCUUGUGACUUCUCUAGAGAAUUUUUUUCCUCUGCAGUUGAAGGUUAGAGUGCACGAGCUGCUGACUUCGCAGAUGGCCAAGAUCAGAAGUCAGAAUAGCAACCAAGAAAAUCUAGUUAUUACCUAAGGUUGAACUCUUAGGGAUGCCCAAAUUGCGGUAGAAUUGCGUUCAAAGUAGCUGACUCUCUAAACUUUUACAAUUCCCAUGGAGAACAAGCAGGGUUGCCUCCAACAAGCUUAAGAUCAUAGAAUCCAGGUUCUCACCACUUCCAAAAACUGCAGGUUCAAAUUAUCCCAGCCCACAUGUUGAGGAUUGCUCACUUAGCCUAGUUGAUCAGGGAAUGGCCUUAGGUUACAAUAUUAUUUAUUUCGGAAGAAACUUUUCUUUGUAAUUGAUGUAUACAAGUGUAUAUACUUGUACAUUUAUUCCCAUAUUGUUGUCGAAAAUUUUGGCAGUUCUUCUUGUUCGAAAAGGCAGGUGAGUUGUACAGUUCCAAAACACUUCAAAAUGAACUUUCAGAACUUUUGAAUCGAUUGGGAACAUUUAUUAA